GGAGUGAGUCUCUGAGCAUCUGGGUGCUUGCUCCUUGCUCCUCUAGGUUGCUGUCUUUUGAGACCGCUGACAUCCCUGUGUCACCUGGAGUACGGCAGGCAGGUUCUCUGCUCUCCACCCCCACCCUUCCUUAGCUGGACACACCUCCCUCCUCCUCCUCCUCCCACCCCUCCCUAAAAUCUGAGCAUCCUUUCUUGCCUCCCCCCCACCUCCCCCUGCUGGAGUCUCACGGGUACCGCGGAGGGGAAGUCCUCCGCGCCCUUGGCAUGAAAAUGAUGGCAGGAGGCUCUGUGCAUCAGAACGGCAUCUUCCCUUCAGCUCCUCAGCAGCAGCAGCAGCAACAGCAGCAACAGCAGCAAGGGGGGCCCCAGCCGCAGCAGCCCCCCCAAGCCCCUCCACAGCCCCACAUGGAUUCGGAUCCUCCUGACUCUAGGAAAAGGCCUUUGGAGACCCCCACGGAAGCGAUCAGCACCAAGAGGAGCAACACAGGAGAGGAUGGCGAGUACUUCCUUAAGGUCCUGAUCCCUAGCUAUGCUGCUGGAUCCAUCAUCGGCAAAGGAGGCCAAACAAUUGUCCAGUUGCAGAAAGAAACUGGAGCCACCAUCAAGCUCUCAAAGUCCAAGGACUUUUACCCAGGGACGACGGAGCGUGUGUGUCUCGUUCAAGGCACAGCAGAAGCCCUUAACGCUGUUCACAACUUCAUCGCUGAGAAGGUCCGAGAGAUCCCCCAGUCUGUAGUGAAGCCGGAAUCAGUCAAUAUCCUGCAGCCCCAGACAACCAUGAAUCCUGACCGAGCCAAGCAGGCCAAGGUGAUUGUUCCUAACAGCACCGCCGGGUUGAUCAUCGGCAAAGGAGGGGCCACUGUCAAGGCCAUCAUGGAGCAGUCUGGAGCAUGGGUACAGCUGAGCCAGAAGCCCGAGGGCAUCAACCUCCAGGAGCGCGUGGUGACCAUCAGUGGCGAGCCUGAGCAGAUCCACAAGGCUGUUGACAUCAUUGUCCAGAAGAUCCAGGAGGACCCGCAGAGCAGUAGCUGCCUCAACAUCAGCUAUGCCAACAUUACUGGCCCCGUGGCCAACUCUAACCCAACUGGAUCACCCUAUGCCAACUCCACGGACGUGCUGCCAGCUGCCGCUGCUGCAGCCACAGCUUCAGGCCUGCUGGGUCACACCAGCCUGGCGGGAGUAGGAGCCUUCCCAGCUGCUCUACCAGGUUUCUCUGGCAGUGACCUUUUGGCCAUCAGCACGGCUCUCAACACCUUAGCGAGCUAUGGAUACAACACCAGUUCUUUGGGUCUCGGCCUCAACUCAGCCGCCGCCUCUGGGGUGCUGGCAGCUGUAGCCGCUGGUGCUAAUCCAGCAGCAGCAGCUGCUGCUAACCUCUUGGCUUCCUAUGCCAACGAAGCUUCUACUAGUACCACCACCCCAGCUGGUGCGGUUGGAGCCUUCACCUUGGGUUCCUUAGCCGCAGCCACUGGGGCAGCCAACGGCUAUCUGGGGACGGCCUCUCCAUUGGUGGCUAGCUCCUUCUUGGCCACGGAGAAGCUUGUGGAAAGCGCCAAAGAUAUGGUGGAGAUUGCUGUGCCGGAGAACCUAGUGGGCGCCAUUUUGGGGAAAGGCGGCAAGACGUUAGUUGAGUACCAGGAGUUGACAGGCGCCCGCAUCCAGAUUUCCAAAAAGGGGGAGUUCAUCCCGGGUACUAGGAACCGUAAAGUCACCAUCACAGGCACUCCAGCCGCCACACAAGCGGCACAGUAUCUUAUCAGCCAGCGAGUAACGUAUGAGCAAGGAGUUCGAGCCACCAACCCACAGAAAGUGGGAUAAGAGAAGGCUGGGGGAAGGAGUAGAAUUCAAAUCAAUUCUUUAAUCAUUAAAAUGGUAACCUACCCAACACCAGCCCCAGUCCAGUGUCCAUUUCUCUCUCUCUCUCACCCACCCACAGACACACUCACACACACACUCCUGGCUGAGAAACAGCCCAGCGUAUGUUUUACCGGACCUUUAUUUCACCAAUGGUGCAACCUGUUUGUGUAUAUAUCUAUAUAUAUAUGGCAACGUUUUCUUUUUAAGUUUAUGGAUUUUAAUAGAAAAACAUUUUUUAAGAAAAAAAAUCCUCUUUCUUUCCCUCUUUAUUUCUGAGUUUCUUAUCCAAGAAUCUUGAUGGGGAAAGAUAUGUCUCUUACUACUUCUUUCCCCACUCACCAGAGUAAUGAUCAACUUCAGGAUUUCUUGAUGGGGUAUAUGUCCGCUCAGAGUGUUACCAUCUGUAGAUGCUCAGAUCUGGAGGGAAGCAGAGAUGGGUUCAAAUCCAGGCGCAGUGGUUCAUGAAGUGACAUCUGCCCCAUGACCUUGAAUUCUGAAGUUGAUGCAGCUCUAUAUUCUGUCUAAUCCACCCGGGGUUUGUAGUGACACUCAACAUGGAUUUUCUAUCUGUAGGUAGCAUAGCUCGUGCUAAGGUGAGGUUGAGGAAUGAGGGGUUGUACUGGGGUGGGCUCUGCAAUGGGGAAAUGGCCUGGUUGGGUUAGUAGUUUUUUGUUUGUUUCUUGCUCCUCCCCUUUUUUCUUUUUUACAAUUCUUCUAUGCAUAUUUUCAGGGGAGGGGGAGAGGGUGAUGUGUGUGUGUGUCCUUUCCCCUAUUUCUCAGCCCUAUUAAUCAAAAGGAAAAAAAUUGUUUGAAAGUUGUAGAUGAGCAUCCGUGCUAUACUGAAGAAAUAAUUGGAAAGAAGUCAGGGGGAAUCGGACCCAAGUAUUCACAGUGGAGAAUUGUCAUGAAGUGCGGGUAUUGCCUUGCUCGGAAACAGGGCUCUGAGGUUGUUAGGUUGCUUCUCCUGUGAUUUUAUGAGUGCCAGAAUUGUAGGGAGGCAACAUAAAUAAAUAACAAGCCUCCUGAGAUGUGGCAAGUGCCUGAGAACAAAGUAGGAGGCUACUUCCUGUGAGGCAGAAAUCAGAUUCCCGUUCCUGUGUCAGGGUGGUAUAAGCUGCUUCUUCAUGGGGGUGCCAUGAGGCAGUGUUCUCUUUCCUGUGAUGCAUGUGGCUCCUUCCCAUUGUAACGCCUCUCAGGAAUAUCAGUUUCUUGGCUUUGGAACAUGACACUUCCUGUUAGGCUACAUCCCCUAAUAGAUAAGUUCCCUUGCCUCUCCUCUCACAUUCGAUUGUGUCCUGAUAGCAGGAAAAAAGCUUUAAUUGGCUUUUCAGGGUUUGCCAUCUGAACCAGUGGCAAGUUUUCCUAAAAAGACAAGAACAGCAGCAAAACUCAUUCCAGAUUUGUCAACAAGUUACCGUCCCUUUUGGUAAAAACCCAAAAGGCCUACCUGCAUGCUACUGUAUGGCCUAGUGCAUUCAGUAAAGCCGUCAAAGGUUGCACAACUCUCCUCUCCCUGCCUACACAGUGGAAGCACGAGGGCAUCCACAAGCUGUGUGGUGGCUGCCAUGAUCAGUAUUAGCUCACUGAGCAGUGCCGUAUGUUGGCAAAGAGGCUCUUUCCUGAUCCCCACCCAAUUGUGGCUUCUCUCUAACCCACAGUCCAUCCCUCCUUCCUUCCUUCCCUCCCUCUCUCUUUUUACAAGCAGUAUUACCAAUUCACAACUGUGAGAAGGCCUUGGCUCCUAACAAUCACCCAGCCAGGGAUGCCACUUCCUUGCUCCAGUUGCCUCCUCCCUUGUGAAGAUUUGCUCAUAGAGUCCCAGUCCUAGCGCAGCUUGAUCAGUGCUUCCUGUUUCCAGGAGAAUGCAGUCACUGUUUGGAUGGUGACGAAUGUCAGGCAAAUAUGGCUUGCAUCGUAGAGAUGUGAGGUAAAAUGGCAGCACUGCUCCCCCUUUCUGUGUCACUAUCCUGCCAUCCAAAUGGCAGCUUUCGGUUUGGUAGUCAAAGCACAGGGCUGUGUGCAUUGCUCUCGUUUUUUCUUCUCUCUCUGUGUUUGCUAGCCAUCGAAUGAUCAACACUGCUUAUCUCCUUCCUCACCCACUCAUCCACCCUUAAAAGGGUAAUAAAAUAAAUCAGGGUAUUUCCCUGCUAUGUUUACAUAUAGGACUUGCAACAUCCUCUAACACAUGGAGAGGAUUUAGUCCGAUCUGCUUUUGAAGAUGCCAGCAUUUUAAUAAGAGCAUCCCUCCCACCCCAGCUUUCCUGUUGUGUGUUUGUUGUUCUGUGUACCUCAUGGGAACAUUAGAGUCCAGGGUUUGCCAGAAGGCUGAACAAAUCAGCAGCAUUAUAGUGCAAUAUCAAACACUGGGUUGCAUCAGUCUUUUCCCUUUUUUUUACAAAAAGGUUGCUUGAAAGUUAGCUUGUGUGGGACCCUCCUGUUGCUGGCUUGCUCUGGUGGUAUGCUGUUUCCUGUUUCAGAGUGAACUACUUCCUGUGUAAGGUCUCAAAUGUGAAGUGGAUAUCUACCUCGUCACCUGGAUCUCACCAUGAUGUGGCACAAUACACGGCUUCCUUUCAGGUCGUGCAGGUGUGAGUGACCUUGCAGCCAUUAUGGCCGACGUUAGCUAGUGUGAUACUGUUUUUGGGGUGACUUUGUGUGUGUGUGUGUGUGUGUGCGCGCGCAUAUGUUGCCUUGUUUGUAGUAGGGUUGGUGGCAGGAUAUUUCUCUGUUGGGAAGAGCUGAGCUUGAGGGAGAAUCCCAUUUGGUAUGGCUGAGAUAUUUCAAGUUGGGUCAGGAGCUGAAUGGGGCAUGUUUGUGACGACGGUCUUGUCUGAGACCUUUGGGGGGAGAAGAAGCUGGGAAGGCAAGCAAGAGAAAUUCUCAUGUGGUUUAAUCUCUUGGUGGCUUCUCAAUGCACUUGUAACUUGUUAGCACAGAUUUGUUUCUUACAGCAGCCUAAACAUCCAACUCUCCUCCCUUCUUACUGCAGUGUCAAGGUGUGGACUUGUGCAAUAUUCUUGCUAGAGGGGAAACGUUUCCUUCCCGGCUCUUUAUGAAGCAUGGGGGUGGAGUUGGGGUGGUGGGAGACUUUGGCACUUUUCCCCACCUUUCUUUAGGAUCCUACAUUAGCUUGUGCAACUGUUAGGCAAGGCCAGCGCUCAGGCUGACUGUGGGGUCUGAUAUGGGGAGGUGGGGAAUUAAUCACUUAUUAGGCAGUAGUAUGCCUCUCAGUUCUGUUUUCCUUCUUAGAUUGAAGGGGGGGUUGUCUUAAGACUCUAAAACCACUAGGAAGCAAAACUCAAAAUGUGAAACUUAAAUACUAUAAAAAACAUAAAAAAGGAAGCAAUAUCUAUAUAGUAUCUUGCACUGAUUUUAUGGAGCUAGGAAAAGUUGUGUUUUAUCUGAAAAGUUUGUCAGUCAGUGAAAGAAAUUGCCAGCGAUUAAAGGCCUCUAUUUACACUGGCUGAGAUUCCGGGCCACCCGGUUUUUAUGAUGAACAAAAUAUUGCUGCUGUUUAGCAAGUGUGUUGCAUAUCAGACUUUUUGUCGGGGGGGGGUAUAAGGAAAUGUUUUUGUGCCAAACUCUUAGUCUGCGUCUUUUUAAAUACUGUGGAUGCGUAAGACAAAAAGGGACAUUGCCCCAGCCCUCCCUUCCCUCAAAAUGCUGCAGAUAUUUUGACAGUAUCUUCCAAGGCUGCACUUUCUACUUCUUGCUGUUGUUUCUGGCCCCCUCUUCUUUCUACAAUGGGAGCUUAUGGGUAGGGCUGUGCGUGCUUCAGUAUCCAGCUUCUGUGCCAAGGAAACCCCAAUUCUGCAACAAAGGAAAUAAUGUGGAUUCUGCAGCCUGGAUGGAUUAUGCUAAUGAGGCCAGUCUGCAUAUUUUCUCUUAUUUUGCAUACUUCUGCAUUUUUAAAAUUUUAGCAUAAUGCCUCUUAUUUCUGCAAGUGAUGGGGAGGGGUAAGAAGUUAUGUACUAAAGCACACCCUCUCCUGCUUGACUUCUGGAAAACUUCAUCAGCUUCUCUGUGGCUCAGGCACUUUCAAUCAUAUUUUUGAGGAUCAGAAAGUGCUCCCCCAAUGGAUUAAGGAGCUCGAUUUUGUAUCCAGGACUUCCUUGUAUGGCAUUCCCAUCUUUCUUGCUGCAAUCAUAGAGCCCUGGCUGUGGGUUAAGCAGUGGUACCAAAUUUCCUGGGGGCAUUAUUGAAUCCCUCACCCUGGCGAUUUUUUCACUUGAAAAUCUCCCCAGCAGGGACAACAAUGCCCUUUAUGGCUUGUGACUGAGUUGCCCAGAUCACUGAGUCUGUUGUAGAGCAUCUGUUGCACUUCUCUGGGCCUUUAGGAUAGGAUGAGCUGGAUAUCUGAGUGAAGAAAAGUACAUCUGCCAUAUUCUGUACAAUAGUUUUCAACUAUUACUUUUUUAAAAAAUGCCUGUUGUAGGCCAUAUGGUUGCUCAGUAAAGCUUGCGCCUCUGAAGAUACGGAAUACAAUCCAGUCUGUGGUACUUUGGACUGCAGGACUGUGCACCAUUCUGAAGAUUAUUAUAAUUCUUUUUGACAUUUUGACUGGAAGAAAUCAAAAGUCUAUAGGGCCUUAUGUCUCAGCCUGAGGAAUCAAGGAUUCAGGCAUUGAACUCCCCUGGCAGAUCCAUUGAGCUGAAUCUCUUUGGGUUUUAGUGCAGAGAACUGAAAAUCAGUGCUGCAGACUACCUAAAGAUGGUGGUGGCUUUUUAUUGCAAAAAGGGUGGCUUUACUAAAAACCAGGAAAUGAAUCUGGCAAUUAGCUCAAAAUUAUCUUUUCUACUUGCACAAAAUCAUCGCACAGGUGGACGAGCAGCUGUCUGUUCUGGCCACUGGCUCAGAGGCCCAAAAGUCUUUUUUCUUUUGGUUUUUUUGUCCGCGAAGGUUAGCAUGCACGCCCAAGGAUGGGCCCAAGGGUUCAUGGCAGAGCCUCUCCUCCUGGGAUAUCCAGCUGAACAGGCUCCAGGGCAGCAAGACCAGUGGGAAAUCUUUUUUUGGAUAGCUGCUGCAGCCCUGGGCAGUUUUAUAGGCUCACGUGCCCUUUACUUGCCAAAUCACUUUGGCCAAUAGAAUUUGCACCCAGAGUUCCUUGCCAAGAAUGUUUUGAUCCUUUCAGUGCUGAAAUCCCUUCUUCAGCUCUUUUUUAAUAAAGGUUUCCCUGACCUCUUCUUUUUCCUUCCUGCUUCCUGCCAUCCACAAGAUCCUGCUACGCUUCAGACCUGUAGAGAGCAUCCACAGUGCAAGUUCCAUUGAACCUGAGCCAAGCUGUGCAAGAGCGGGGUAUCGCUGUGUACAUCUCUUGUUCGUUCUAAAAGAGCUUUUGUAGGAUAACUUUUCUAGUAAAUUCCAAGCUCCCCCCCUCUUUACGCUUCUCUUUCUAAUCUGCAAAAUUAUUUUCCUCUUUGAGAAGGAUGCCAGGGGCGGGGAGAAGCAUUAGAGAAGCAUUUCUGGCCACUGCAACAUUGGAAUGAUUACUGCAGCUGUCCCCAACCUGAUGCCCUCCAGGUGUCUUGAACUACAACUCCCAUCAGCCCCAGUCAGCAUGGCCAUGCUGGCUGGAGCUGCUGGGAGUUGUGGUUCAAAACAUCAGGAGGACACCAGGUUGGGGAAGGAUGGAUUUACUGUAUUGUACCACAAUGUCUUAUCGGUGGAACAAUGAACCAUCGGGAAUAAUAUUGACAUAUCCUGUUUUAAAAAGACGCACUUUUUCCCAUUUUUGAAGUGCCAAACUAUUAUUUAUAGAGAACAUGCAGCUAUUUAAUUUUUUUUUA